AGGGAUGCCUGCAGACCAGCUUCCCGGGCUGAGUACUAUGAAAGCAGCUACCCCAACAGGCCAUAUUCCAGGCAAGGAUAUGAAGACCACCACCAGCAAUAUCCAACAGCCAGCUAUGGGGAUGACUACACCUACAAAAGCCACCACUGGCAGCCAGGGUCCAGGCAGGAUGACAGAGACCUGAGACAGGGAGAGCCUUAUGGCAAGAGUACCAGUUACCAGGACCAGCACUACUACAGGGGUUACCAUCCCAACCUGACCACGAACCCACCAGGGCAGAACAGGACACAGAGCUAUGACUCGCACAAGGAGGCACACGGCUCAGCUGCCCAGCCUGGGUGGGCAGGGGGAGAAACCCUCGGCAGUGAUUCGGGGGAGGCCAGUGGCCAGCCCCAAGAGCUCUCAGGCCAGCCCAGCCUGCUCAUGCAGUACCGUGAGUCGGGGCUCAGCUCCAGCAGCUACGAGCUCAGCCAGUACAUGCGUGAUGACCACUAUGACCCUGCAGUUUUGGGAACCUGGAGCCCAGCACAAGUAGGGGAGUCUUCAGUGUCCACCCCAGCCUUGGUGGUACCCCACAAGUUCUCGGUGCCACAUGUGGCAGUCUGCUUUGGAGCUGGAGGCCAGCUGGUGCUGGUGUGUCCCUACCAUCCUGCUGAGGGGCAGCUAGCCCAGGUCGAGCUGCACAGCCUGGAGGUAAUUCUUCAUGACACAAAAGAGCUGGAGGAGCUACAGACCUUCCCAGGGCCCCUGGCCAGGGAAGAUCUGCACAAGGUGGACGUGAUGACAUUUUGCCAGCAGAAGACAGCCACAAGCUGUGAUCUCUCUACACAGAGAGGUAGAGAUUCAGCUCUUCUCUGGAAACUCCUGGUCCUUCUCUGCCGGCAGAAUGGGUCCAUGGUGGGCUCGGACACAGCUGAGCUGCUGAUGCAAGACUGCAGGUUCCAGAAGUACAAGAGGCAAGACCCUGCAGCAAACCUGAUUGGCCUGACAGAUGAUGAGUUGAUGUCAUCUCAGCCAGGCGCCCGGGACCUCAUUACAGGGGAAGUCCCUCCCAUUGUGGAGACGCAGGCACAGAUAGUGGAGAAGUUCACCAAACUCCUCUAUUAUGGCAGGAAAAAGGAUGCUCUGGUCUGGGCCAUGAGAAACCAUCUGUGGGGCCAUGCUCUCUUCCUCUCCAGCAAGAUGGACGCUCGGACCUACAGCUGGGUGCUCACUGGGUUCACCAGCACACUGGCCACCAAUGAUCCCUUGCAAACCCUCUUCCAGCUCAUGUCGGGAAGGAUCCCUCAGGCAGCACUGUGUUGUGGGGAUGCCACAUGGGGAGACUGGAGGCCUCACUUGGCUGUGAUGUUGUCCAACAAGGCUGGAGACAUGGAGCUGAACCAGCGAGCCAUCGUCACCAUGGGAGACACUUUGGCUGGCAGGGGAGCAGUUGAAGCAGCUCAUUUCUGCUACCUGAUGGCGGAUAUUCCUUUUGGCUACUUUGGGUCGAAGGCGGACCGCAUGGCUCUGCUGGGCAGCAGCCACCGUCAGGCGUUUGCCCAGUUUGCCAGGACAGAGGCCAUCCAGCGAAUGGAAAUCUUUGAGUACUGCCAGCAGCUACGACAGCCCAAAUCCUUUGUGCUCCCUUUCCAGGUGUACAAGCUCCUCUAUGCCUCUCGCUUGGCCGACCACGGGCUCCCAGCCCAGGCCCUGCAAUACUGUGAGCAGAUUGCCACCGUGCUCCUGGGCCAGGAUCUGGCCAGCCACCCUGUCCUGGCCCAGCAAGUGAUGAAGCUGGCCGAGCGGCUGAAGCUUUCCGACCCGCUGCUCCUGGAGAUGCCAGAUCAGGACCAGACUCUGGAGCCCGACUGGCUGGUACAGCUCCGAGCCUACUGCCAGGAGUGGGAGGUGGAAGAUGACCUCCCUCUGGGUGGGGCAUCCACUCAGCCAGAGCUCUCCUGGGCUUCUGCAUCCAUGGCAGGUGGAGAGCCUGGUCAUGAGCUUCUGCAGAGUGAAGGCUACCAGCAUAACCAGUGUUGCCAACCCCUGCCACCCCAGGGACCCAGCUCCCAUGAGGAUGUGUCUCUCCAGCCUCUGGCAUCCACCCAGGUCACAGCAUCGCCACUGCUUGGGGUUGGGCAAGAACUGCAGCCCCCCGUGCUCAGUCUGGGGGCAGCCACCCCUCCGGGAGGGGGUUCUGCUGACCCUGCUCUGCAGGCGGUGCCGCCAGCAGGAGAAGCUAGGGAGUCCCAGGGUGUCCUAACCUCUGCAGGGCUGCAGCCAUCACUCCCAGCAGAGCAGGAGGAGUUAAAGGGAAGGACUCGGACCAUCUCAGAGACCUCCACAGUCUCCUUGGAAGACAACAGCCGGCCUUCCUCGGAGAGCGCAGCUGAAGACUCUGCCGAAGAGCCAGCAUCAGCAGACCCAGUGAAGUUGGGUGAGGACAAGAGCCCUGGAUUCAGAUGGUUUGGCUGGCUCUGGUCGAAACCGGUCAAGGAAGCUUCGCCCAAAGCUACGUCUGAGAUGGCCCCAGACUGCCCCCGGCUGGGACUGCAGGAACAGAUGUCACCAUCUCCACCUGAUGCCCCUCUUGCAGCUGGGACAAGUUCUUCAGCUCAACCUCCUUCCAGAAACCCCGGAGGAGCAGAAGGUGAAAAUACCUUUGCUGUUGCUCCAGCAUCCAUCGAGGUGAAAGGCUUAUGGGACAUGGAUGGUGGGGAGUCAGCAGGAGAGCAGGCCUUCCAGACUGGCUGCCAUGGAUCUCGCCCACCAAUGAGAUCAAUCCCCCUCUUCAACCCUGUCCAGGUCUCUCAGGUGCGAGCUGCUUCUUCCUGGGGUGUUGCUGGAUAG